AUGGAAUAUGAUGGGGAAUUAGAUGCAGAAACUGAAGCUUUUGGUGCAGAAUUGGAAAACCUGUUGCAGGGUGAUUUGGGCAUCAAUAUGGUGUUCAUUAUGCCAGAAAAGUUUAGAGUUGCAGAAGGACAAGAAAGUACUCUAGAGGGAGAUGUUUUCUCCCAGGAAAGUUUCGAAUGCAGGUUAGCAGAGCCAGAAGAGACGCCAGAAUAG